UAAUUUUAUAGAAAUUUAUAAUUACGAAUUGAGUAAAAUUGUAGAUAUUUCUUCAAACCCACAAUUCGGCAGGAUCGCGUUCACAUAAAGGCCAGUAAGUAUAAUGAAGAAGAGUCGAGACUGUAGUCUACAAUUUGUUGGGUUGGUAUUCUAAGAGGUCACAUUCACUCAAUAAAGGACGACUAUCCCCGAAUAAUUAAUUAAAAAUAAGUUACAUAAGUUGAGUGGUAAAUAGGAAAUGCUUCCCAUAUUCUUAUCGUGUGUGAAACGUCCUUGUGCCGGGAAAAUUUCAGUCUGUUUAUGAAACGACAUUCUAAUCGACAACGUGUAAUUUAUAGAUAAGAAAAUGUUGAUAUCAAAUGCAAAGUUACUUUUCAAAUCUCGCUCAAUUGUCCGAUCAAAUGGACAUGCUCACAUUAUUUAAAACAUCAUAUGUAUCUAUUGAUUUGAAAGUUUCUAAAAAGGUUUUUAAAAAAAGGAAUCAGAAACUAUCUUAAACCUGAAUGAAGAUUUCACUCUUAUCUUAAACACAUGCCGUUUUUAUAUUUUGAUUGCGUUUUUAUUACACGUUUGUUGAAUGCAGUAGUUUUGUGCCGUUUUUCCCGGCGUCUAUGAGUUGUUUUCUGAACAUAGUUAUGGUGGCGUUUGGAUUGGAUUACAUUGCAGAGUUUAACGUUUUUACACGUUAAACGCUGAAUACUUUCAAAACAUUCCAAACAAACGAUUCAAUGGCAGACAUUCAUUUCAAUUGAUUUCAAUUGAUUAAGAAGUAUGUCCAAAAAUUUUCAUCUUCUGGUAAAUAUAUGCACACAAUUUCAGAUUGACGUUAUAAAUAAAAUUUUUGAAUUUUGCUGUCUUUGCCUACUUUUAGACCAUUAAUGACGUGUUUGUGAGCGAUUUGUUUCAAUCUUGACAAUCAAAAAUUUCGAGGAAUUCUGGCAAUAGAAAAAGCCAAUCUAUUCUUAUCAAGAGUAAGCACAUCAGCAUUAUCUCCGCCAUCUCAAUCUUUAAUAUAUGCUUAGCGAUGCUGUAAAAUGGACAUAUACUGCUCCCUCCUUUUAUUACUUUUAAAGAGUAUAGCAGCACAGUUAGACGAGACACCUCUUUAUGGCAAAAAAAAAAGGAAGGAAAGAAAAUCUAAUUGGAAAACAGGAAUUCAAUAAAUUUAAAAAAAAGUCUUUUUUUGCUUAUAUAGACUUAGAGUAAUGCGCUGUAAUUAUUUUUGUGAUUGAACUUUAUUAAAAUAUGGUAACCUGUUCCGAAAGAAAUUUAUAAUUUCAAGUGACUAUUCAAUAAAGAGUGAAUUUUGUAUUUAUUUCGUGAUUGAUAAUGUGUCCUUUGGUAAUUGUAAAAUCCUUUGGAAGUGGGAAAUCGGAAGAAAUCAUUAAAAAUAUUUUAAAGGUCACCGAUCAGCAAGAAGAACAACUAGAAUUCAAAUUUGAUUCCUUUAACUUGAGAGCGUAUAAAUGUGAUCUUAUCACUAAAUAUUAUGAAACACAAGUUGCUUUGUUUGGAUUUGAUGAAGAUUUGACAUCAAUACCUUCAGAUAUUUUAAAGAAUAUUGAGGCGGCGUUAUUCUAUUUCGAUUCAGAUGACAGAUCAUUUCUGUCAAAGGUAGACUCAUUAUGCAACUUUGUUAAAUGCAAUAAGAUCCAAGUUGCGGCACUUAUCACACGAAAUAUUUCUGAAGAUGAUCGGCACGGUAUUACUUACGGUGAAUUAAAAAAACUUUGUAAAUUCUGCUUUGACAUUGUCGAUCUGAAUGAUCAAAAUGAUCAAAAUGAUCUCGAACUUAACGGAUGUGGAGAGUACACCGAAGUAUUGGAUCUUUUAAAAAAUUAUAUAUGGUCAAAUGUGAAACAUUCGCAACAUAUUAAUGAUGCAUCACAUGAAUCUUCGUCCGAUAUCGAUGGCAUGGAGGAGCAACUGAAUAGUUUUGAAGAGCUACUUAAAAAAGUUCAAAAUUUUAAAGAAACCUCGAAAACGUUAAGUAGAGAGGAAGUGUUAAAUAAUGCUGAAAAAUUAGCCGAACUUUUUGUAAAUAUCAUUAACGAUGAUUAAGUUAAGUACAUGAACACAUAAAAUUAUUGCUGUUAUGUUGAUUGUAUAUAAAUAGUGAUACGCUUUAAAAUAAUAAUUGAUAAAGAAAAUACAUUCGAUAAGUGAUUAUUACUUAAAACAGAAAAUAUUUCCACCUAACAAACAUUAAUCGACUUUACCAAAACUUCAUCAUAGCAUUUUUAUUACAUUCUGUUUCGCGAAAUCGAAAGUUUCCAAUAUGAGAUAUUCAAUUGUCGACUACUCGUUUACUCAUUGUACGACUGGCUAGAAAUGAUUCCAUACCAUUUGUGAAGGAAUUCGAAUAAAUAAUUAAAUUUCAGAGAAUAUAUUAUAUAUUACAUCGACUUACCAGUACUAAAUGUGCAUACGC